UUCCCAUCAAGGGGCCAUUGCUGUCUUAAACUAGCUGCUCUUGAAAAGUGCUUAGAAUAGAGCAGAAAUAUGAGGUUCUUGUCCCCUGACAGCACAGUUAACUGUGCCACAGGCCUUCAGUGGGAAGCAGUUGAAUAAUUGAGAUCUGGAAACAGGUGUGUUUGAAAUGUUUCGGCUCAGAGAGGUGGACGCAGAUGUUGAGAGAUGGUUCUUCAAUGAAGUUUAAUCGUUGAUCUGCAGAGGUGGAAUAGAUAUUUGCAACGCCUUACAAGAAAAUUCUCAUCUUAAAAUUGUUCAAAGAGCAAAAACAAAUGACAUCAAGUUUGGAACGAAUGCAGAGAAUUGUUCAUGAAUUCAAACCAUAACAUUACAAAAAGCCUUCAGAAAUAUCUAAUACAGUCUGCACUCAUCGAUGCAGAAAUGGGACAUCAAAGUUAGGGACGAUGGAGAUUAUUUUGUGAGUAAGAGGAUUAAGGUAAUUGAGUGUUCGGGGGGUGGAGACGUGAAGAUGGUGCUGGAUGGACGGCACAGCAUGUGCGUGAGCAGCUGAUGGAGCGUUUGCUGCUACAGCCGGCAGAUGGAAUGAAGCUAUUAAACAGAGAUGUUACUGGAUGAUCAGAAAGGUUUCAGAAAGUAAAGGUUUUCCAGCGAUUACUCAGUCUGGGUCAGCAAACACAUCUCCUCUGCUUCAAAGAGCUUCCAGUACACAUUCUGAAGAGAGGAUGCUGCAGGAGACCAGCGUUAGAGCAAGUCCAAGCUGAUCGCUCCAUCCCCUCCCUCCCCCGCCCAGUCCUCCACAAUCCCAGGAUGCUCUGCCCCUGCCGAGGGAAGCUGAAGUUGCUGGUGGUGUCUCUGAGUUUCGUCAUCCUGUUCACCUGGCUUUACCUGCUCGUGGGGAACUCGGAAAACGGGCGUUCCCUGCUCCUCUCCGCGUGCCUGGUGGAAUCUACAGAAGCACGGCUGCUGGAACGGGACGUCCUGGCAUCGCGGGUUCGAGAGGUGGAGGAAGAGAACCGGCAGAUCCGCCUCCAGCUGAGCCAAUCGCAGGGCCUGGCUGCCCAGCCUGCUGAGGGUAACUAUGGCAACCAGCAGUGGGUUGCAUCAGCAGACACCGGUCCAGAAGACGUGGAGAACACAGCCGAGGAACGGGCCAAUCACAGCGAGUGUUCUCGCUCGCCCACAGCCGAGAAGUGUGAGUUGAUUCACGUGGCGUGUGUGUGUGCGGGUCACAACGCCAGUCGGGACGUGGUCACUCUGGUCAAAUCUAUCCUGUUCCACAGGAGAAACCCACUACACUUUCAUUUCAUCACAGAUACAGUGGCCAAUCAGAUCCUCAGCACUCUGUUCCAGUCAUGGAUGGUGCCGUCCGUACAAGUCAGCUUCUAUGACGCUGAUGAACUCAAAUCGGAGGUGUCAUGGAUACCAAACAAACACUAUUCAGGAAUUUACGGCCUGAUGAAGCUCACACUCACCAAAGCUCUGCCGUCCAACCUUUCAAAGGCCAUCGUCCUCGAUACAGAUAUCACCUUCGCCACGGACAUCGCCGAGCUGUGGGCCAUCUUCCGGAAGUUCACAGAGAAACAGGUGAUUGGUCUGGUAGAGAAUCAGAGCGAUUGGUACCUCGGUAAUCUGUGGAAAAAUCAUAAACCCUGGCCAGCCCUCGGGAGGGGCUUUAACACAGGUGUGAUUUUACUCUACCUUGAGAGACUGCGGCGCAUCGGCUGGGAACAGAUGUGGAGACUGACGGCAGAGCGAGAGCUAAUGAGCAUGCUUUCAACAUCCCUGGCAGACCAGGACAUAUUCAAUGCAUUCAUAAAACAGAACCCAGUUCUGGUGCAUCAGCUUCCGUGCUUCUGGAACGUUCAGUUAUCGGAUCACACACGCUCUGAACAGUGCUACACCGAGGUGUCAGACCUAAAGGUCAUUCACUGGAACUCUCCUAAAAAGCUGAGGGUGAAGAACAAGCAUGUGGAAUUUUUCCGUAAUCUUUACUUGACGUUCCUGGAGUACGACGGGAACCUUCUGCGACGGGAACUCUUCGGCUGUCCCAGUCAGGCCAGCUCUGAGGGCACAGUGCUUCAGCACGCACUAGAGGAGUUAGAUGAGGAUGACCAGUGCUAUGAUUUUCGGAGGGAGCGAAUCAUGGUGCACAGGGUGCAUCUGUACUUCCUGCAGUAUGAAUACACACCUACAGAUGACGGCACGGACAUCACACUGGUCGCACAGCUCUCUAUGGACAGACUGCAGAUGCUGGAGGCCAUCUGUAAACACUGGGAGGGCCCCAUUAGUUUGGCCCUGUACAUGUCUGAUGCCGAGGCCCAGCAGUUCCUGCGUUACGCUCAGGCAUCUGAAGUCCUGAAGAACCGCAAGAAUGUAGGCUAUCAUAUCGUUUAUAAGGAGGGUCAGUUCUACCCUGUCAAUCUGGUACGCAAUGUGGCACUCCGCAACGUCAACACACCCUACGUUUUUCUGACCGAUGUGGAUUUUCUGCCUGUGUACGGCCUCUACGAUUACCUCCGAAAAAGUAUAGUCCAGCUGGACAUGGCCAAUACCAAGAAGGCUCUGGUUGUGCCUGCCUUUGAGACGCUGAGAUAUCGCCUCUCCUUCCCCAAAUCCAAGGCCGAGCUGCUGUCUAUGCUGGACAUGGGGACACUCUACACCUUCAGGUAUCACGUCUGGACAAAGGGUCACGCGCCAACCAAUUAUGCCAAAUGGAGAACAGCCACAACGCCAUACAAGGUGGAGUGGGAGGCAGAUUUUGAGCCGUAUGUUGUUGUGCGACGAGACUGUCCUGAGUAUGACCAGAGAUUUGUUGGCUUUGGCUGGAACAAAGUAUCCCAUAUCAUGGAGCUUGAUGCUCAGGAGUAUGAUCUUAUUGUGUUACCAAAUGCCUUCAUGAUCCACAUGCCCCACGCGCCCAGCUUCGACAUCUCAAAGUUUCGUUCCAGUCCGAGUUACCGCUACUGCUUGACGACUCUGAAGGACGAGUUCCACCAAGACCUUUCUCGAAAGUACGGUUCUGCUGCUCUCAAGUACCUCACAGCACAGAGGAACAUCUGAACACUGUUUCAAAUGUACUUUAGCACACAGGAAGAUGGCUCGGUCGAGUCAUUUGAGGCUCGACAGCCAACAUGCUGCUCUGCUACAUGUUACGGUGUCUAGAGGAACGAAGCUGAAACCCACGUCUCUGCUAAAGACUAUAAAAUCAGAGCUUUAAUUCUUCUUUUUGAUAAGUCAUACAGCAGAGAACUGUGGAAACCAUUGACAUCAGCAACACACCCAUCAGUCUGGUGGUGAAAACUCGACCAAACAUGCUUGAACUGCUUAAAAGACAUUAGUAGAUGUUUGUGAUGACCUACUUGCUUUACAGCCUAAAACGAACGGUCAUGAUAAAGACCUUUUUUGACAAUCAGGGCUUUUUCUUCACUUAAGAUCUGCAGCUAGCGGUCCAUGGCACUACACAGCUUUGAACCUGGCUGAAACCAUUCGAUGGAGUAUCAAAAGGACGAGAAAUUAAUGAGCUUUCCAAAGACUCUUCGCUGGACUGAAGUGUGGGGAGGCCAUCACGACAGACGAGGGAUUUUAAGCCUUAUAAUUUCACUGAUAUUUAAAAUAUGUAAAAAUAUUUUUCUUUGUUUUUAAUGAAUACAAAACAACAACAAAAAAAUCGAAAAUCACAUUAUUUUUUAAUUUAGAAACACUGAUUUGCUUUUAGCGAAAGAAGAUGCUUGAUAGGGGUGCGAUAUUAUGUGCAGAGUCCCGAAUGAAGGUUUGGGUGAGAAAUGAUCAGUGUGUUUAACCGCUGCAUUUAUAAUUGUCACAAAUGGCGCAUAUUAAGACAUGCUUCAACAUGCAGUAUUAUAACGUAUACCAGGACGCUUUCCUGCCCUGAACUCAAUCACCUUUUUUUUUCACUUUUAAAGAUUUGCACUACAUACUGUUACAAAAAAAAAAUAAUUAUAAUAUUAAAUGUACAUUUGCUUUGAGAUCCACUCAAGGGACCAUUAAAAACAAAAGAGGCAUCCAUUGCAGAAGUUUCUCACAGACUGAAUAUUUUGUCGUCAGAUGUAAAACACUUCCUGUUGUUGAAAACAAUAUUUAUCGUGUAUAAUGUCACUUUCUGGUCAGCCCUGAAAUAAGAAUCCAAUGUCCAACUCAACAUCAGUCACUCAAAAAUGUAUUUGUAAAAAGAUGUUGUGAUUCCCAAUGUGUCGGGUCUUUAUAAAGAAACACUCCUCCAGGUCAUAUUGAGUUGACCAAUCAUAUGCCACCCAUGCCCUUCCACUCCAUCAGACUGCAGAUUUACGGUAAAUACCCGUGCCUUUGCUGUGUUGCGAAAACUGGAUAUUGAUUGUACUACUGUACGCAUCAGCGGGGCCUGCAAGAAUACAGGUACUCUAUUUAUUAUUGUUGACUUAAAUCAAUCAUAUUUUUCUAUGUAGGGGACAAAGUGCUUUAAUAAAUUCUCCCUGUUUCUAUA